AGUGAGUACUGAAUACUGACAUUCCUACUCCUACAGACAACAUUCAAUAGUCACGUCCAUGAGUUGUCUGACCAUGAUUAAAAUGUUAUUUUAUUUCCAUAUCUCUACUUAAUAAUACGUAAUCAUUUACAAAAACAGUACAGCUCUCUAACUAUUUUCUCUAGUGUAAUAUUAAUAAAUAAUAAUAUUAUAAUGUUACUUUAAAUCUUGUAUCAUUUUCCAACCUGAAAAUCGUACAGCUAUAAUAAUUUCUUCUAAGUGUAACAAUAAGCUAUAAUGAAAAUGACAUCCAUACUAUGCGUGUCAUUUACAUUUAUGAUUUAUAUGGUCAACUAUGCUGUUAGUCCUCCGCCAGCAUAUGUUACUAGCACUAGACCAACAGUACGUUUAUCUGAUCAAGAAUUUGAACAUAUUAUAAAGGAUGAACAAGAUAAGACCCAAAAGAGUCAACAACCACCUCCUGAUGAAAAAACAUUAGUUGAUUUAGGUAUUGAAUACAAUCGUUAUUUAAGAGAGGUUGUGGAGACCUUAGAAAAAGAUGAUGCAUUCAGAAAAAAACUUGAAACUGCUGAUGAAGCAGAUAUUAGGACUGGUAAAAUUGCUGAUGAAUUAGAAUAUGUAGGACAUCAUAUUCGAUCAAAAUUAGAUGAACUUAAACGCCAGGAAUUAAAUAGACUACGUGAUAUAGCAAGAAAAGCUUAUAGUGAUUCUUCUGAUCCAGGACAUGUUGAUCACCAAAAUCCACACAGUUUUGAAAAGGCUGAUCUUCUAAAACUUAUACAACAGGUUGCUAAAGAUCUAGCAGAUGCUGAUUUGAAACGUAAACAAUUGUUUAAAGAAUAUGAAAUGCAGAAACAUUUCGAAAGAGAACAAAAAUUGAAACAGAUGACAGAUGAAGAACGUCAAAAAUUCUUAUCUGAAGAGACAAAAUUAGAAUCUGAAAGAGAAGUCAAGCAUAAACUUGAUCCAAUUCAUCAUCCAGGAAGCAAAAAACAACUUGAAGAAGUUUGGGAAAAACAAGAUGAAAUGGAAGGAGAAAAUUUUAAUCCUCGUACAUUUUUUGCAAUGCAUGACAUUGAUGGAAAUGGAUUUUGGGAUGAAGAUGAAUUAAAAGCAUUAUUUGUACGGGAGCUAGAUAAGCUUUACCAACAAGGCAUGGCAAAAGCAGAUUUAAUGGAAAAAGCUGAAGAAAUGGAACGUAUGCGUGAACAUGUAUUUAAUGAAGUUGAUUUGAAUCGAGAUAGACUAAUCAGCUGGGAAGAAUUUAAACGUAUGUCUGAACAACCAGACUUUGAAAAAGAUGAAGGAUGGAAAACUAUUGAUCAAAAUGAAAUCUAUACAAAUGAAGAGCUUAAACAAUUUGAACAUCAAAGACAACAACAAAUUGAUCAAAUGAUACAAAAUGGUCAAAUUCCACAAUAUCCUCCAGAAUAUUAUCAACACCACCCAGAUAUUCCAAAACCUUCACUGAAUCAUGGACCACCUUAUCAAGUAAAUCCUAAUUAUCAUCAGCCUCAACAAAUGGGAUAUCCUCAAGAGCCAUAUGUAGGUCAACCACAAAAUAACCAAUUUGCCUAUCAACAACAAAUGAACCAACAGCAACAACAAUUCCAGCAACAGCACCCACAAAAUCAACAGUUACCUCAAUAUCAGCAGCCACAAUAUCAGCAACCACAGCAUCAUCAGCCACAACAAAAUCAACAGCCACAGCAAAAUCAACAGCCACAACAAAAUCAACAGCCACAGCAAAAUCAACAGCCACAACAAAAUCAACAGCCACAACAAAAUCAACAGCGGCAACCACUACAACCAAUACAGAUUAAUUCUCAAAAUGCAAAUCCUCAGCAAUCAGCUCAAACAGAACAAAAAUCUAAAGAUCCUCAACUACAACAGCCACAAGGUCAAUCACCACCUCUUCAAAAUUAUGCUCCAGAACAACAACAGUACCAAGCUGUAAAUAGUGAUUCCAUUAAAAAACAAAAUAUAGGUAGAUUGAAUGAUGUGAACUCAAAUCAAAUGCUAAAGAACCAAAAGGAAAAUUUUGGGAAAACUGUUCAUAUAAAUAAAAACUAAUAAAUCAAUUUGAAGUAAAUUAUCAAAACAAUAUUUCUGUAUAGAUUCCAUUAUAUCUAAGUAUUAAAAUUCUUACAAAUAUUCAA